CGUCUUCUGUGAUCUGUCUUCUGUGAACUUGUAAAGUGUGAUUGUUUGGAAAUUGGAAUUUUGCAGAAAAUCGAAUUAUUCGUUUGGAAAUUCGAAUCAAAGAAUAUCUCAGCUAGAAUAAUUUAUUCUAUAAUGGAAAAUACCGAAGAAGUUUUUCAUUUCCUCGAGGAGUUUUCGAAACGUAAGCCAAAAACUAUACCACAAGAACUCAACGAUUAUUUGGCGUAUGUGGCGCGUACCGGUGACCCCGUAUACCAGUGGUCCAUUGUGAAGAGUUUGUUUAAAGAAAAGCUCCUAAACGUUAUAACAGACUUCUACGAAACUAAUCCAGGUAUUGAAAUUCCCCCAUACCCCAACGUGGACCCGUUUAACUAUGACAUAAUGAAGAAUAGCUUAAUUGAGAAACUAGAUUCCUUCAAUUCAGCUCCGUUCACAGUGCAACGAAUCUGUGAACUGCUAACUUUCCCGCGGAAACAGUACAAUCGCAUAGACAAGUUUAUGAGGGCUAUAGAGAAGAAUAUUUUAGUAGUGAGUACUCGAGAACCAGGACACCAGCGUCAUGCUGAACCAGAAAAUGGUGAACCAAUGGAACCUAUCGUGAAUGGGUCUGACAAUAAUUCUGAGUACAAUGUUGAUGUAGAAAUGGAAGAUAUGUCCUGGAAAGACAGUUCAGACUCACGGUUAAGUUCUGAACCUCAGCCAAGUUCAUCUGAUGCACACAUUUCUGUAGAUGACUUAGAAGCACGACUCCAUUCCAAAGUAAACUCUAUGGACACUCAAAGCAAGGUGACUCUGCAGUAUGAGUCGGUCACACCACCUGAAUUGAAUGACAGUCCUGAUGACUCUCUGCACAGAACCAAAGAGAUCUCUCUAACAGCAGUGGCAUCAACAAGCUCGGAAGAUGCAAAGAAUAAUAACAGCACACCAACAAUUGAAGAACCUGAGAUAAAAGCUGUUGAUAUUGAAAUGAAGUGUGAUGAACCACCACAAGCAAUUGUCAUCCCAGAAAUUAAGGUAGACGAUGCUGAGAUGACGGAGCUUAAGCUUGCAGAGCAGUCCAAAACAGACACUUUAGAAGAAGAUAUAAAGAACCAAAAUGUUGAAACUGCACCUGUUCCAGUUGAAACUCAAGUCUCAACAGAUGAGAGCAGCUCAGAUUCAACUAGCAAAGAAGACGGUGAACCCAAACACAUAUUAGAAGUCUCAUCAAGUGAGGAGAGCUCCUCGUCCAGUGAUAAUACAGAUGGCAACAGUAACUCACCUAAAGUUGAGCAUGUAGAAGUACCAGAGGAGCCAGUAACUGAAAUCAAAGCAGUAGAGAUUCCAGAACCUCCUAAAACUCCUGAAGCUCAAACACAAGAAGAAUCUCCACCUGAAGUUGAAGAACCUAAAAAAUCUCCUGUUAAAAUGCAGUCAGAUGAAUACUCAAUCACUGAUGUUCAUUCAGAACUACCGCAGAUACCUUUAGAACCUAAAACAGAAGAAGUUCAUAUUGAACAAACAGAAACGAAAGAAAACAAAGAUGAAGAUAUCAAAGAAGAAACAAAAAUUGAGGACCCUGCACCGACUGCAGAAAGUGUGGAACCUUAGAGAGGUAUUUUAAGGACUACUAUUAAUUAAUGACUGAUUGUGUAGAUUGUAGAUUUACCUAACUUGUGGGUAAGUUAUCUUAAUUUUUAAAUAUUUCCAUUAUGCAAAGCAGAGAGAUAAGUAUUAAGUAAGUCUUCAAAUCUUUCAAAUGAAAAUGUUUAUGGGCAGAAUGUUAAUUGAUAGGACUAUGAUGUAUGGAAUGAGAUAUCUUAUGACUAGAGACAUAUUGUCAACCAAUAGCUGCAAAAUUAAAAAUAUUGCUCAAUAGGUCACUCAUUAGGUAAAGUGUUUUUCAGAUAGCAUGUGUACAGUGACAUUUGUCUUAUGACAUUCAUAAUAUGUAUUAUUAUUGUGAAUCCCGGCAAACUUUCAAGAGUGAAAGACAUGGGUACGCCCAUGCUAUCUGAAAAACACUGUAAUGGGAAGAAAGCUUCUGUGCUUCUAUUUGUUGACUAUGUUUUUCUCUUGUCAUAGCAUAUACUUUUGAUAAAUCUGUGACCUAUAAGUGUGUGACUUAUUUUCUAUUCAUAUGUAUUCUGAUUUUAGUAUGACACAGCUAAAAUAUUGAAAAAUUCAUAUUCAGCUGAUUGGUUACCAUGUCUGCUGAUAAAGAUGUCUUCAAUUAAUUCAAAUUAGACUAAUGUACAUUUAAAAAAUGUGCUGUUGAUUUUGAAAUUAUACAAAUGGUUAAUUACAGUAUGAAUGUUUUGGGAAUUGUAUUUUUUUUAAUGAAUUAUAAUUGAUAUGAUGCUGA